AUGCCACGUCCAAAGGUCAGACCACAAGACCGGCAGCGCUCGGUGAAGGCCUGUGAUGCCUGUAAGGCUUCCAAGAAGAGAUGUGACGCCAAUCAGCCAUGUCGACUGUGCCUGAAGAAGGGGACCCAGGACACAUGCACUUACACGCCAACGGCAAGGGGCAAGAGAAGUCGAUAUUCCCACUCCGUCAUUCCUCAGCCACCUGCAGUUGCUGUCGUGAACGAGAAUGUGUCGACAGACGCCAAUGAUCCCAUACAGCAGCCGCCGCGUGGGCCUGGGUAUAGCAGUGGGUCUGAGAUAUCGCAGCAACCGCAAACCCAGGGGGCGACGGAAGAUGCGGAUAGUGAGACGGAUGACGGGCCAGACCCUAGAAACUCGGUCGAAAGAUCCGCACAGCAGAGGCCUCUGAUGUUGUCGAGUUCAAGUGGUGCCAAAGUUUUCGUUGGAAAUACCGCGGCACUCUCAUUCUUGCGCUUCUUACAAAAGACACUGAAACUCUAUGUCGGACCUUCUGGCUUUACCGAUGGCCAACACAGCCAUAGUUGGUUUGAGUUGGCCGGCCCUGAGGCGAGUGGCGAGGAUUUUCGCGAUGACUUGGGCGAAGUUGAAAAGAAUGAUCUAGUGCGUUGCUUUUUGGAAGCAUCAAGUGGAUUUCUAGAUCUUUACACGCAAGACGAGCUGGCCGGCCUCGUGAAAUUAUCAGUACGCGAGGCCAACACUGAGACUUCAAGGCCUAAAGGUUUAGUGGACCGGGCAGCUCUCGCCUCGUUAUACAUCAUCAUAGCCAUCGGGUGCCAGGUCAGGGGGAACUCUCGAGACGAGCUUGUGCGCGCCUCGAUAUAUUUUGCCGCUGGUAGGCAGAUGGCUUUUGAGAAAAUGCUCGAGAACCCAACCGUGAACCUGGUCAGGGCUUUUAUCCUGCUGGCAUUUUAUAUGUGCGGUGCAUGUCGUCGCAAUUCCGCCUUUAUGUAUCUGGGAGUGGCCUCUAAAUCUGCCGAUAUCCUUGGACUUCAUGCUGCAACACAACACAAGCACAUGUCAAAAGAAGAACAAAGCACAAGACUGAGAGUGGCGAAAAGCGUCAGAGUAUUCGAUAUUAUCUGCUCCUCAAUUCUGGGGCGAAGAAGCAGCGCUCCCUCGUUGCAAACCGCCGACAUCACUUCUGGGGACGUCGACCAGAAUCUACAGGUCGCCAGUCAUCGAUCUUUAGCCCUCAGAGCAACGUAUGAGUCUUGUUCGAUACUCGAGACGGUGAUUGGUGAGUUCGCCGACGAGGGUAACCUCAAACCCUCCUCGGCCGAGCACUACUUGCAACUCCUUCGCGAAUGGAGUCAGAUGCUCCCUGUCGCACUCCGCCAGCGCCCAGGGAAGGCUCACGACCCUAGGCAGGAGGACUACUCGAGCUACCGAGAGAAGAUGAUUGCCAACAUCCACACAGCAGGUUCCUACUAUUUUGGAAUCAUCUGUGCAUCGAGGCAAUUCCUUAUACAACACAUCAUGCCGCGACUGCGCGGGAAUUCCUCUCAUUUUAGAAAGAGACGACAGCAUGAUACUAGCGAGCCGCCCAUCAGCUCAACAGAGACUGUAAUCGAGCUCUCUCGUGCUUGUAUCGGGGCUGCGACUCUCAUGGCUCAGAUGUGUCAAGAGGCAAUCGACGCUGGCGUCUUUCUGGGUAAUAUGUGCAUUAUCAAAGCAUGGGUCUUUGCGGCUGGUCUCGUCCUGGGUUUCGCUCUUCUUGCCGACGACUCAGACACGGAUGCCCGAGACGCAUUUCACAGUUCACGAAACGUCUUGUCCCAUAUAGGUCGUCUAAGCCCACAAGCUGACCAGUACCACAAAAUUCUCUCGGCAUUUUCUGAUGCAAUAGACAACUACAGGCGACAAAUGCGGCAAGAAAGCACAAGGAGAGAACACAGAGGCGAAGGAGGAGCAUUACAAUUUCUCCCUCACAUGGAUCGCCAGAGUCGGGCGCAAAGUCAUGAGGCGGCAACAGGCGUGGACGCUGCUGCUCAAAUCCCGACGCCAGACUUUGACUUUGACGAGUUUACCACAGGCGAGCCUGAAGGAUGGAGCGGAAGGGAUUCUUUAAGCGCAAUGUCAAUGUCUGAUUUCCUGCCAGGGAACGAUCUCAUGUUUGGGAUUCUUUGGGAUGGCUAUGCCAUGCCAUUUGAACCGACGAGGUGA